UAGGUAUAAAUAAAGGAUAGUAAGCCGCUCGGCUCCGCUGAUAAUUCUAUUGUAUGGUUUUUCCAUCUUCAUAAUCAGAGAGCCGCCAAAAUGAUUCAGGCCAUCCUAUGGUCUGUUAAUGUUUUUCUUAUCAGUCUUGGCCAAACGGCAAUCGUCGCUCUUCCUUCGAGCACCGGACCAUGCGAUGUCACGCUUCAUGUAAGUGAACUAGUUGACAUAUCUCGAACCGAUCCCUAUGACCCGAAAGGAGGUAAACGUUCUAUCAUGGUCACCACCUUUACACCCAUCAAUUGCGGAAGUGUACCAUCUACAUCCUACAUCCCCAAUGCAACAGGCAGGUAUGAAGAUGUGAGUUUCCAGUCUUUUGGACUACCUCCAGGAACGUUCGAGUCCCUUCAUAUCCAGACUCAGACACAGCAGCCACCACCGCCUUUCAGUCACCACGGAGAUUACCCAGUAGUGCUUUUCUCACCGGCACUGGCAACCUCAAGAUUGAUGUACACAUUGCUGCUUCAAGAAAUUGCCAGUAACGGAUUUGCUGUUGUCUCCGUCGAUCACCCGUACGAUGCUGACAUCGUAGAAUAUCCUGAUGGCCACACGGUUCUCGGAAUACUCGCAAACAUCAGUACCGAAACAGAAUUUGUUCGAGCACUGAACGCUCGUGUUAAGGACAUGGUCUUUUUACUUGAUCAAAUGCACGAGGAAAAAGUGAUCAGAGACAUAUUCCCUUUGUCACAGGGAAAUUUGCUUCCACUCGAUCGAGUCACGAUCCUUGGUCAUUCCCUCGGCGGAGCAACAGCAGCGCAGACAAUACUGGUUGACAAUCGGUUUGUUGGGGGUAUCAAUCUAGAUGGUAGACUAUGGGGGCCAGUCGUGGACAAAGGACUGUCGAGUCCGUUCCUGCUUUUCGGUCACACAAACCACACGCAGGCAACAGAGCCCAGCUGGGCAGCAUUUUGGUCACAUUUACGAGGAUGGAAACUUGAGCUUGAACUCGCACAGUCCGAACACUAUACUUUUUCUGACUUUCCAGUGCUUGUCGAUGCUCUGAGUGUCUCGGACGAAGUUAGACAAAUUAUUCAGGCCAAUCGUACUGGGACGAUAGGUGGUUUGCGGGCUAAGGGUGUGAUUGCUUCAUACAUCAUUGCCACACUGCAGUACUUUGUUUAUGGGCACACAUCAGAUUUGCUGAGCGGACCUUCUAUAGCAUAUCCUGAUGUGACAUUUGUGACUUUCUGACUAGUUAAAAGGCAUUGCAGAAAUAUCUGAAAUAUUGACCUAAUAGAUAUGGAUAUCCGCACAUGCGAAGCUGUUGCAUUUGCAAUAUUGCCGCAGAAGAAGUUCGCCAUAAAGGCCUAGCUGCGCCUAUCU